AUGCCGUCCAUUCUCAACGACGACGACAAGGACACCGUCAAGCGAUUCGUCCCCAAGCAGUCCAACAAGAUUCACGCCGUCGCCGUCGCCAGACUCUACGUCGCAUUUCCAAACAGGUCGAAAUGGACAUAUUCUGGGUUGCAAGGAGCCAUCGUCUUGGCCAACGACCUGGUCGGCAACACGUACUGGCUAAAGAUGGUGGACAUUUCGUCCGCCAGUCGAGGCGUCAUCUGGGACCAAGAAAUCUUCGACACCUGGCACUACAACCAAGACCGCACCUUCUUUCAUACCUUUGAGUUGGAGGAAUGCUUGGCCGGCCUGAGCUUUGUCGACGAGAAGGAGGCCAAGCAGUUCAAAAAGAAGAUGGAUGAGCGAGAGAAGAACGCAAGCAGGGCCACGAGGUCAACACCCUUCGGAGGCGGUUCCCAACCCGUCCAUAAACAUGGCUUGUUGGGGGGCCUCUUUGGUCAUCGCCACUCAUCCGCCCCUUUGCCUGCAGAAGUCGCCAAGCCCAGCCUACCGUCCUCUUCGAUUCACCCUUCGCCUUCGUCAUCACAGUACUUCAAUGGAACCUUGGCACCGUCGCAAUUUCCGCUGCUCGACGCUUUCGACCCUCUCUGGAGGGAGCAUUUCGGACGAGACCUCACAGAAAAGGGUCUCACGGACGAUUUCAUCAAGGACAACCAGGAGUUCAUUGUGGAUUUCUUGCGAGAAGAGCAAAGCAAGGUGAACAACGCGUCGCCUCCGACUUGCCCGCAACCUACAAACGGGGGAGAAGCGAGGAGUGGUCGAGCACCACCACCGCCGCCGCCGCCGCCGCCGCCGCCACCACCACCACAGGCACAAGCACCGGCACCGGCGCUGGGUGCUGCUGCUGCUGCUGCUGCUUCGUCCGCUUCUUCUUCCUCGUCCACGAAGCGAGGCGCUCCUCCGCCGCCACCGGCGCCGCGAAGAUCGGGCAAGGGUGACGGCCCGGCGAAAGAAGAGGGUCCUGCACCCUCUCACUCUCCGCCUCGGCUCAAGUUCAAUGCUCCGCCUCCCUUGCCCGACGCCGGCAAGUUUGCCCACAUUGAACAAAGCAAGCGAAAGCCAGCGUCAACGGCACCCUCGACCACCGCAGCAUCCGUACCGCAUCCCGGCCCUCCGCCGCCACCGCGGCCAGGUAAAACGCCGCUUGAGCCCCAGAGCCCGGCCCAGAGAUUCCACGUCCCUCCCGCCUUCGCCGGCCAGCGUGUUCCGCCCCCGACCCCGAGUCGAGGACCCGUGCCUCCUCCGCCACCUCCGCGAGCCGGUGAUUCCCAUCCCGCGUCCCCGGCGCCCCCGCCGUUACCCCCUAAAGUUCCCAUUGGAAACGCACCUCCACCUCCUGCACCGUCCAGCUCACGACCUGUUCCACCGCCUCCUGCAAGCUCGAGUCUUCCUCCCCCUCCUCCGCCAUUGCCUUUUUCGAACGCUCCUCCAGCACCGCCUACGCCGCUACCUGCGGCUGCCGCUCCUCCUCCCCCUCCCCCUCCCCCGCCACUGCCUUUACUGAACGCCCCUCCAGCACCGCCUAUGCCGUUACCUGCGGCUGCCGCUCCUCCUGCUCCGCCGCCGCCGCCGCCGCCGCCACCCAUGCCAUCUGCAAGUGGUGCCUCUGUGCCUCAGAAUCCCGAUUCUGGCCAAUUGCCAGGCGCUCCGGCUCCCCUGUUGCCUCCGCCAGAUCAAUCCCGAGCAGCCAUGUUGGGAGAUAUCCAGAAGGCUGGAGGCAUCGCCGCUCUGAAGAAAGUCGACCGGACCCAGAUACGGGACAGGAGCGGCGCCCAAGUCGGCGGACCCGGUGACUCGGCGGCCAGUGGUCCGCCAGCCGGGGCGGUCGCCGCCGGGGGAGGCGGCGGCAUGGCCGACGCCAUUGCUGCCGCGCUGAAGAAGAGGAAGGACAAGGUGAGCAAGAGCGACGACGAAGGCGAUGACGAUAACUGGGAUUAA